AUGAGCUCAUCUGCAAAUGAGACCUUUGUUCGUCCUGCAACAUUUUUCCUCAGUGGCCUUUCUAAUGUUCCACAUGCAAAAUACUAUUAUGUGUUCUUGUCUUUAGUGUAUGUUGUGACUGUUUUGGGGAAUUCAUUUAUCAUGUGUAUCAUUUAUUUGUCCCGCAGACUUCACACAGCCAAAUAUGUUGUUGUUUUCCAUCUGGCCUUUUCUGAUAUGUGUGGAAGCACGACUGUGAUUCCAAAUAUUAUAGAUACAUUUUUAUUCGACCAUCAGGAGAUUUCAUAUGAAGCAUGUUUGGCAAAUACAUUUUUUACAUAUCAUUUUAUGAAUCUGCAGUCUUUAACACUACUCGUCAUGGCUUAUGAUAGACUGGUUGCUAUUUGUUUUCCUCUACGAUAUCAUGGCAUUGUAACAAAUCCAGCAAUGUUUUCGAUCCUAGGAUUGAUGUGGAUUUUUUCUGUGACACAUUUUUCUGUAUUUGUAGGUUUGCUAAAUAGACUCUCUUUUUGUAAAUCUAAUGUGAUUGAUAGUUAUUUUUGUGAUUACAGCCUUAUCAAUAGACUAGCUUGUAAUGACAACUCUAUGAAUAGUAUGAUGGUAAAAAUUAACUUUGGUCUUCUGAUUUGUAUGCCACUCAUACUGAUCUUCGUCUCAUAUUUCUGCAUAUCUGUGGCUUUGUUUAAGAUUGCUCACGGUGCUGAUCGAGCCAAAGCCAUAAAAACCUGCACCUCACACCUUAUGUUGGUGGCAAUAUUUUUUAUUCCAUUUUUAAGUAAUCAAAUUGCAAUUUUGACAACAUCAGUCCACCUAAACAUCCGGUUAAUUAACAGUUCCCUGACACAGGCAAUACCACCUAUGCUGAAUCCCAUAAUAUACACUCUAAAGACUGAUGAGGUCAUGCAGUCUGUAAAAGAACUGUACAAAAGAAAAGUGAACACAACUACUGAAAGGAGAAUGAAAUGGAACAGCAGAAACUCUAAACAAAAAUUACAGGUGUAA